GCCAGGAUGGAUCAUGUGACCCGUGACGUAGACGGCGCCGAGACUUGCCGACCUCGCACGAGGAGAUCGUGCCGUCCAUCCGGGGCUCGAUGGAUAUAUAUAUAUAUAGCUUGACGGAUGAAACAUAGUCUCGAUCCGUGUUAGAUGUCACCUCGUUGCUCAGUUAAUGGAUCCUUGAGUAGACCGUGGGUUGGAGGACAAAGACAGACAAAGUAGGUGGUUGUUGUUCUUUGUUCCGUCACAUCACCGAAGGGAAUCUGUGCCGUAAACGGGUACUUGGCAAGCUUGGCCUCGCAGUCCCACAGUACGGUAACCUGUGCGCUUCAAAUAGUGUUUGCAGAGGGCGUUGCCGACGCGGAUGCAUCGAGGAGCAUUCUCAUCCUGCUCGUGACACGUGAAGCGUCGUAGCAUCGAGCACCGUUCGUUCCUUGAGACUGGGGAUCAACGACGAAGAAUCAUUUGGGUGUUUAUAAUGAAGCGGACACCGCACCGGAUAAUCGGUGCAAAUGACGCGCUGAAGAGCCAUGAAAAGAAUUCAGCGUCCCCGGUUCAUGUCAACGCAAGGGCACAGUCACCGGAAGUCAAAAGCAGCCCUUCGCCACAUUCCGGCAAGAAGUCACCGUCUCCUUCACCUCAAGGCAAGCCUUCACCACAGCACGUGAAGCGCAAGCACUACCGGAAUAAAGGGAACAGUCCACCGAGCCGACACGCGAAGUCACCCCCACACUCGCCUACGGAACAUCCUUCACCUAUUCGUUUCAAGAAAGCUGUGGUGCCAUUUCCACUGGCGCUCGAUGUCCAUGCUUCACCUUUACCUGAACCACUUCUCACUCCACAUAUGACACCAGCGACAUUAGUUUCGGAGUCCAGGUUGGACGGCAGCCCGAACCGCCGAACCAUAGGGCGCUUGCACGUAGCCUGCGCCUUGACGGUUUUGGUAGCAUGCGUCGUUGUCGGCGUGCUGGUACACAUCAUGAUCAUCAGGAGCGUGUCGUCAUCCGAAAGGCAGGCGUGCAAACUGGAAGUGUGCCAAACCUACGCCACAUAUGUUGAUCAAAGCGUUAACGCCUCAGUGGAUCCCUGCAAGAGCUUCUAUCAUUAUGUCUGCGACGGCUGGAACAGCAAGAACACGCUGUCUGUGCGGAGGAAACAGCUGGAUUCGUACAUAAGCCUCGUCCACCAUAGUGUAAACGUACACCAGAAAGCGGUUCCAACUAGCGGCCAAUCUGGUGACCAGAAAGCCAUUGCGUUCUACAGAUCAUGUACGGAUGUCCAAAAGAGGACAGAGAAUGAGCUUCCAGAAAUCAAGCGGAUCCUAACCAAAGCCAAUCUCACUUGGCCCCACAACUCCAGCAAUGUGAACCUGCUAGGGGCUGUGUUUUACGUCACCAGAGUGUUAGAUCUUUCUGUUCUCAUCAACGUCGAAGCACGCAUGAACGCCACCGAUGCGACAGUAUCUUUUAGCAAGCCGGACUAUCUACAGGAUGUGAUUAAGAGGAGAGACGACCUCAUCAGGAGGAAGGAAUACAAAAUUUUUGUCACGCGCCUCAUGGAGCACUUUGCUACCGCAGGAGAGCCCGUCAUUGCGUACGAGGACCAGUUACAACUUGAGGAAACACCUUUUAGGCUAUUGCGAGAUGUAGCAGAAGAGGACGACGACGGUGGUCCGCCGACAAUGUACGAGAUGGAAAUCAUGACUUCGAUCGCAGGGUACACUCAAGAUCGCUGGAAGAGAGCCCUCGAAGAACACUUGGGUAUCCCCGGAAACCUGAAGAUACACAUCGAAUUCAGGAGCGCCAGGUUCACGGCAGUUAUCUUUUCUAUCAUGAGCCACCUGGAAGAGUCCCUUCUGCAGUUCCUGGCCGGAUACCUACUAGCCAUUCAGGUAUCCAUGUUCGCAAAUUACGAGCUUCUUAAUAAUCUGUAUCGCAAUAACAGGGAGCUUGCCGACCGCGAAAAUUUAAAAUUUUGCUUCGGCGUUACCAUGAAGUACAUGGGCAACGGCUACCUAUACCACCACGAGCACCAGUGGCCAACAUCGGCGGAACUGCGAGACCUCUCUAAAAUCGCCGCGAGCGUCGAAGAAACAUUCAGGAGCCACUACGGCGUCUCUACAAAUGUGAGCCUCGUUAAGGCCCUUCGCAGAUUCACCGACGGCAUACGACAACUUCACAUGGACAAGGCGUACCAGCACUUCCCGAACAUGGGCAGCAAGUUCAUCACGAACCUGCAAGCAGCUGUCAAAGCACUCAAGAUGUCUCCCGGCGAAGACGUGAAAAUACCGUAUGUUAACUUCUUGGGAAAUAAUGACCGCGUUUACUACCAUUUAAAUACAUCCAGCGACGACCUCUACUUUUACCCGUACACUUUCAUUCCGCCGCUGUACAGACUGCAUUAUUCGGUGGGCACGUACGCUGGUCUUGGAACAGAACUGAGCUUCGCGUACGCGGCGCUAGUGAUGCAGCAAAGGGUAGACAACGAUACACUUUCUUGCCUCAGCAGAGAGCACCCGCAAGUGGCGGACAUCGUAGACCUGAAGGACCUGUUUUUCGAAAGCGUGGCCCUGGAUGCCGCGUGGAACAGUUGGAAGAGUGCGGAUCCUGGAGUGAGGGCCACGAGGCUCGGCUCAUCUGGUCUAACAGAGGACCAACUGUUCUUCUUUUUCUGGUGCUACAAGAUGUGCAGCAAGACAUUACAAUGGGAACGUAGGUGCAAUGAACCGCUAAGGACAAGUCCGAUGUUUAGAAGUGCGUUCCGAUGUGCGCAAGCAAGUUUUACGAGAGCUGACCCAUGUAUUCGGUCUCGACGAAAGAGCUCCAGCGGGCCGUGACACGUACGUCUCUUUCUUCGGACGCGAUAGGAAUUAGUGCCUCGUGCAUAUUGUGAGGCUAAAUCUGGAAAGUUGAAAAACGCACAUAUUCUACAAAAGCGACUGAAUAAACGGGGAAUAUAUUUUGGUA